GCAGCAUGUUGUUUCGGCAGCACAGCAUGUUCACUGUGCUGUGCGGCAUGUCCAUCGACUCGAAGUUCAUUAACCACGAGAGUGAUGUACGCCGGUAUGCUAUUCAUUGGUACUUUUGUGGCGUGUAUCAUGCUCGCUCCUGGAAUACAAGCUAAACUUGCUGAUCAAAGUUGGUUCUGCCAAGGUCUGGUCGAUAUCGCAGGGUUGAACUGUAACCGCGCUACUGGUUUUCAAGCCGUCUACAGAUUGUGUGCGGCAAUGGCAUCGUUCUUUUUCGUCUUUAUGAUUCUAAUGUUCGGCGUUAAAUCGUCGCAUGACGUUCGUUCGAAAAUUCAGAAUGGAUUCUGGUUCUUUAAGUACGUCAUUCUCAUCGCACUGGCCGUCGCGUUCUUCUAUAUUCGAUCCGAAAAUCUCGCUGAACCAGUUGGAAUAAAUUUAUAUGAAUUUUUUCAGCAUUGA